UCAACCCGGUGAUCUAGCUUAAAUAGACACAUUAAAAAUAGUCACCAUGGUCUGUGCACACUUGUGCAUAGUCUGGUGGGUUCCGACUUCCGAGUAUUAAAUUUUGUGUGUCAGUUAGUCAGUAGUACUCAGUACUAGUAGUCAGUCUCUGUAGUUGUCUCGUACAUGGUAUCACUAGUCUGUAAAUUUUUAACGUGUUCUUGUGUUCAAUGUUAUUUGUUUUUAUGUUUUUUACAAACUACCCUCAAUACGUUUGUCUUUAGUAAAUUAGCUACAUAAACUGGUAAAAGAGAAGAUAGCUGAGUAGUUGCAAUUUUGAGAAAGAAAGAUUAUUUUACUAACUGAAUUCAACUUGAGUACCUAGUUUUUAUAAUAUGCCAAGAAAAUGUAUCUUUGGAUGUACGAACACCGGUGUUGCAUACCAUGUUUUUCCUAGUGCAAAUAAAUUUCCUGAACAGUUCUCUGCUUGGGUACGAAGUGUAGGUGGAAGUCUUGAUGGACCUACAGAUUAUGAAUAUUACAAAAAAAAGAGAGUGUGUGAUUUACACUUUAAACUCUCUGAUAGAAAUCGGUGCAAUCGUUUGAAUGCCUUAGCAGUGCCAUCUCCUCUUGUGCAAAAUGAUGAUCAUAUUGAAGGUUCAGACCAUGAAGAUGUCUCAGAUGAUGAUGAACAUGAAUCUGAAGAUCCAUUAUAUUUACAAUUAGAUUUGGAUUAUGAUGAAAAUACAAAUGAUCAACAGAAAUCUGAUGAGUUUGAUUUACCAAAAGAGAAACCUAAACCUCAGCCUGGCACUCCAAGUCGGCCAGUAAAAACAAAGAUAUGGGAUACGGGUAUAACCCUAGAUGACCAUGAUUAUGUCACAUCCGAGAAGAAAAGCUGUACAACGCAGACUCUCCGGACGAAGGUAGUGUUUGAACCACGUGGGCUAAUACCUCCCGUAUUCACCCCUUUGAAUGAAGACCUCACAGUAAAUUACAAAGAAAUUUCCAGUUACGCAGAUUAUAUGGUUGUGAAUGGAAUCAAAGCUGUACUAGUCGGCGGCACAACUGGGGAGCAUAUGUCUCUGUCUGUUAGCGAUAGAAAGAAAAUUAUAGAAGCAUGGGUGAAAACCAAGCCCCGAAGUGGUCUUCACAUCAUGGUACAAGUUGGUGGUGCUCCAAUGGCUGAUGUCUUAGAAUUGGCAAAAUUCUGCGCAUCAGCAAACGUGGAUUCGCUGCUGACUCUACCCGAAUUGUACUUCAAGCCAAAGACAGUUGCGGAGUUAGUGAACUAUGUGGAGCUGGUGUCGAAUGCUGCGCCAAAUCUACCUGUACUUUACUAUCAUAUACCUAGUAUGAGUAAAGUAGAAAUAAACAUGCCAGCCUUUGUAACAGAAGCCACGUCUAAAAUACCAAACUUUAAGGGGAUUAAGUUCACGUCAAAUGACCUAAGCGAAGGUGUUCAAGUGAAACGCAAUCUGAAGGAGGGGCAGGAGGUGUUCCUUGGUGCUGAUACGUUAUUAGCACCAGCUGCACUACUUGGUAUCAAAUCAAGUAUCGGAACAUCGUUCAAUUUAUUCCCAAAGCUGGCUCAAAAUAUACUGGGUGCUGUGGAAAACGGUGAUAUUAAAAAGGCUAAUUCGCUGCAACGAACUCUUAGUUUGGCUAUAGAAGCUCAUUUGCCUGAAGGUGACUGGGUGCCAAUAAUGAAAUUUGGAAUGGAGAUUGCAUCAGGUCUGACGAUGGGACCACCAGCUUUGCCCCAACAACCAAUCUCCACCGAAUCAAGAAAUAGAAUAGUUGCCCGAUUGAAACUCCUUAAGAUGAUUGAAUAAAUUAAAUUUGACAUUGACAUAAUAUGUUAUGAUGUAAUGACUGUUAUUAAUGAAGUUGACAUUUGAAAUAAACAAAUAAAUCAUC